AUGUCCAAGCCGGAAGCUGUCCUCCCCUGGCGACAGGGUGAGCUUCGACGUGGAGAGAGCGGCCUCGUGACAAUUACGAUGGCCGAGUACGAGUCGCUGCUCCAAUCCAAAAGAGACCUCCUCGUUGCUCGCCGAGCUCUGGCCAAUGCCGGCAUCGACGUUGGCUCAUUGAGCCUCGGCGCCACCAACGACAACCAACCUGUCCCUGCUGCGUCGACAGCCUUGAGUCCCAUGCGCCGAUGGGCGUCAAGCCGCGUAGCGGCCAAGAAGCCAGCCGAGUGGCCUCCUGUCAAGAGGUCACGGAUAUGGGAGUGGAGGCAGCAGACAACAGAGCCCAAUUCCGAUGGCCCAGGAGUGUCCCGUGCGCCUACCAUGAACCAAGACGAGGCCAAGCGGUCAGUUGGACCAGAAGGCAGCUUUAGGCCCAAGAAAGGGCCGAGUCCAAAGACGGCAGACGACCACGACGACAACGAAGAGGUGGAUGAGCAGGGCGCGGCCGCCACCGAGAAGCGCUCGCUCCGAUUGAGCGGGUUGGCGCCAGAGACGACGCUCCUUGACAUCGUCAAGGCCAUUCGCGGAGGUACCAUCCUCCAUAUGAAGCUGGCCGCCGAUGCCAAUAUGGCUCUCCUUUCCUUCGUCGAGCCGGCCGCUGCCGAGGCCCUCUUCGCCCGCGCCACGGCAAACAAGAUCUUCAUCAAGAACCGAUUGAUCGCGGCCAGCUGGGAACGACGCCAGAGAGAAAUCAACAAGGGCACAGCAUAUCACAUGGAGAACUCUGGCGCGACACGCAACCUGCUCAUCCGGCGUGUUCGGCCGAACAUGACGCCAGAAACAGUCAAGCUCGAUCUCAAACACAUCUACGGCCUAGAGAUCAUAGAUAUCUCCAUGAGGGAUGGCAACAUCUAUGUUUCUUUGAACAGCCUAGGUCUCGCUGUCACAGCCAAAUGCUGUCUGCUUUCCCGUGUCGAGUAUAGGAUGUUGGCGAUCGAGUAUCAGCCAGAUGAGUGCGCGCAGCCAUGGUCUAGCAUUACGGCUACCGACGCAACUGCCAGCAAGAAGACAUCGGCGCAAACCAAACCAGCCGAAGCUGGGUUUCGCAACCGCUUCGACACGCUCGGUGAUGGCAUGUGGAGGUCGUCUCGUGCUUGA